AUGAGCGCCCCGCAGCCCCGUAUUCUUGAAACCUAUAACAGUCUUACAGACAAACACCUGGUUGGAUAUUUCAGCAAUGCCAGGAUAAGACGACAUCUUCAGAAAUCAGGACUGAUCUCAAGGAGUGGAAGAAUAAUACCGGAGAAGGAAUACCGGCUCAAUGCCAUAAGGAGGGACCACCAGAGACACGUCCAGGAGUGCUUGGCUGAUGCCAUAUAUCAUAAGGUCCUCGACAUUGAGCAUCAUCAUCAGCUGGGGAAGAACAGGAGACUUGAUUGUUCUGCAAGGAAAGAGAUGAUGCAGCCAGCCAAGAUGGAGCGGCUGAUGGGAGAAGUGUCCCACAUGUACUCCCCACACCCCCCCGUGGCCCCCAGGAGCCACCAUGCGCUCUGUCCCUUGGUGUCCGGAGAGCGAACUGGGCGCUCACAGCGGAGGGGACCCAGACUUAGACUUGAUUAUGGUGAUGGACGUUAUUAUUACCGAGCCAAGGAGCCUCCCUUCUCUAAGGUGAGUUCCUUGUGACCAAAUACAGUUCCAGGAAAUAAACAGCAGCCCCCUCACCUCCAGCCCCUUCUUGGCGGGGCUGCAGCAGGGUCUGUAUCAAAGGCUUCCAAACAGAAGUGCCAUGCACUGGAACAUUAUCAGCAAUUUGCCUGUGGGGGGCAGAGCAGUGAGCUACAGUUUAGGAAUCCAAUGGAUUACAUGUCUGGUGCGUCACCGUACCGGCCCGCCAAGCGUCGCCGUCGUGCGGCGCCGUUGCCACCGCCCCGCCCGCACGUGGGGGACAGGUGUAUCCCUGGAAUCAGGCGUGGGCUGCCCGUGGAGAGAUGGUUUCAUCCCACCACUGGAUUCAAUGAGCAGUUUUUGAUCAAUAAUACCAAUGGGUUCCCCAAGUCCCCAUUAUGCAGCAACGCCCUGGUCACCAUGAUCUACCUGGGAAAGAGUAAGCAUGUGUCACUCCGUGAUCACAAGGAUGAAAUCAAAGUCUAUCAGCAAUACUGUGGAACAGAAAACAUUUGUGUCUAUAAAGGCGACCUGUUGGAAGGAGAUACCUUCCAGUUCAUCUCUAAGAGGUACCUCGGUUACCCGUUCAGCCUCACCUUUUAUCUCAACGGGCUCCAGGUUGACAGGCUGAGCUCUUGCUGUGAGUACAGAGGCUUUCAGAGUAAGAGGCCUUGCCGGCUGCGACGCAGAAACACCUACUUCAGGGUGCUCCAUGUGGCAGGAGCACCUCCUUGCUACAGGUGCUUUCUUGCGAUGGGUCUGGACAAAAAGCUAUACCCUCCCAAGAGGAAGAUUAAGUACUACACGAGGCCGCACAUGUGCUCCUGUUCUCCUUACUGCGCGCACAGCGAGCCCUGUGACAGCAGCGUGGUGCCCAAAUCCAUUGAAGGCUCAGUGUCGCUCACCAUACCCAGCCAAGAGGAAAGCAUUGAAACUAUUGAUGAAACACUCGACUCUGAAGAGGAGUGCAAAGAAGAAGAAAUGGAAGACCAAUCUUUUGUGGAGACUGAAGGCACCACUCAGGAAACCGCCAGUGAAAGUGAAUAUGAUGAAGAUUUUGAAGCAGAUGAAGAAGUUAAUGAAGAGAGACAGACUGGUGAUCAAAUGAAUGGAAUGUCAAAGUCAUCCUCAAAUGAUAAAAACCAUAAUUUAGACUAUGGAAAGGAGAGUGAAACCUCAUCUCAGAAGGCACUGCAGGCCUCUGACGGUGAGAAAGAUAAAAGUGGCAGAUAUUCUGAUGACAGGGACUCUGAAGAUGAUCUACCAGAGAGGAGGCCUGCAGACUCUCUCUCAUCCAUGAGCACUCAGUGCAGCACUGAGACUGACUCUCAAGCUGAAAUGAAAGCAGACCAUGUGAAUUGCAAAGAGGACUGCAAUAUCAAAAGUACAUCUGAUAGUGCAGCACAUGCACACUGUGGAAAUGAGAAUGGGGAGAAGAAACUGCUCAGAGUGGAGGAAAAUCAAGAGAAUUCUGCACUGGAAAAGAAAGGAAUAGAUGAAGCAGAAAAGACAAAACCAGAAGAUCUAACAGCAAGGGAAGAUACUGGAAUUUUUCAUGAAAACAUAAGGGCAAUGCAGCAUCAAGAUCCUGAGGUUAAUGGGGAAUUCAAACAGACUGGGUCAGGAGAAAGUAACAUGAAUGAGGAGGAGGAAUGUCCUCCAGUGCCUUGGGAAAGCAGGGUAUUGAGCAAGGAGGAUGGCAACGAAGAGGCUCCUUGGUGUGAGGAAGGAGGUGUUUUUGAAGACUGCAAACCAGUCCAGGAGAAAAUAGCAAAAGCAACUGGAAAUGAUCAUCCUGUGAAUUCUGACCCUGAGCCUGGUGAUUUGUGUGCCAAUGAGGAAGAAAAGAAUGCAGCAAAUACAGAGCAUGGUGCCAGUGGAGCAGCAGAUGGAAGGCUCCUGGCAGAAGGGAGGAGAAGCCGGGAUGUGCAGGAGGCAGCAGGACAGGCGGCACGAGCAGGGGAGGCCACAGGGCCGGGACAGGCCCCGGAGCAGGACGGGGCUGCUGAGGGAGAUGCUGGCAGCGGAGAGGCCGCAGGAAAAGCUGCAGGGGCAGGGAAUGCACUGCCCCAGGCCGGCACGGGGGCUGCGCUGGAGGAAUCCGCACCUGAGGAGGGCACCGUGGCACAGGAACGGCCCAAAGGAAAGGGAACGGCGGAGGCAGUGGAGCUGGGCACAGAGGGGUCACCUGGGGAGCAGGAGGUGCUGGUGGAGGGGAUGGACAGAGAGGUGGCACUGGGAAAGGCAGCAGCUGGGACAGAGGGGCCAGCUGGGGCACUGCCAGGGUGGGAGGCAGACAGAGCCGUGCCCCAGGGGCACGAGGGGGCUGGGGGCACCAGUGAGGAGGAGGCUGCAGACGAAGGCCUCAAAGGAGCAGUAGGGCCCCCAGCCGAGGAGGAGGUGGGCGAGCCGGUGUCUGAGGCAGGGGAGUCCCUGGGGCAGGGAGGGUCUGCAGGGAAGGACACGACAGUGGGUGCUGUGUCAGAGGGAGAGGAGGUUGGGGAGGACGCUGAUGUGGCAGCAGAUGGGAAUGCCAGAGCUGUGGGCCCUGGAGGAGAAAAGGCUGUUGAAGAAGACUUUUCUGAAGGGGGGGAGGCUUUGGUGAAGCCUGGGGCUCUCUGGGAAGCACUAGGAGGUAUGGAAACAGGAGAAGCAAUGUCUGGAGGGGAAGGGUUUGUAAAGCCAAGUCAGUUUUCCCAGAUGAAAGUGUCAGAGGAAGAGUGGAUGGAGAUGGGGAAAGCUGUCCCAGGAGAUGCAGCAACACUUGAGAGUGCUCAGGCUCUCCAGAGAGUGGAGGACACGCUGGAAGAGUCUGUGGAGCCUGACAAGGGUCCUGUACUGGAAGUGGCACCUGGGUUGGGGGCUCUGGGGGGUGCUCGGGGGGAUCCUGUCACUGAAGGGUUGUCACAGCUGGAGGAGACACUGGCAGUGCAGGAGGAGGAGGGUGCAGCAGAAGCACUUUGGAGUGGAAACCCAUCUGAGGGCAGCAAAGCAGAGACAGAGAGAGCAGUGGAAGGAAAACCCGAAGGAGAGGCGGUGGGAGGGUCUGCAGGGGCGGCCGGAGCGGGCUCGGGGGAUGAAGAGGAGGCCACAGAUGGAGCAGCAGGAUAGUGCUAACCCAGAGCCACUCAUCAUGUCCUCAGAAGAGGAUGGGGAAGAAACUCUGCUCUGAGCUUUUCCUGCAGCCCCUCAGUGUCGUGUCCUGCCACACGCACUCAGCUGGCCGUGGGUUUGUGCCGGCUGGGAUGUCGCUCCUCUCUUCACCCUGUGAGUAGCGCAGCCACCUGUCACGUUUCACUGGAGCAGCUCCUCAGCGUGCAGCAGACAACCGAAACAAGAUUGCGUCUGCCAGCCCGGGAAACAGCACUCCUUUGGAAGGAUGAGGACAGUAAUCACAAGGAUUGUUCCACAGCUGUCUGCCUUGUUUUUCUUGAAAACCAGAGAAAUACUGGGCUGGCUGAACUUCCCUCCUCCCCUAGGCAGGCAGGGCUUUUAUCCUGGGAUCUUUCCCACGCCGUGCCAGGGGAGGGGACCCCUCCUGCAUGCACAGUGCCCCUGUGCCAGGAGCGUGUGGGGGGCUUCCCUCCCCUUGGGCAUCCAGGCUUGCUGCUGGCCACGCUUCAGGGCAUUCUCAGCACGUGGAAAUGUUGUUGAAAGUUCUUAAAUCAGAACAAUUCCAACAGGUAUUUGUAAAUGCAUAAAGCUGGGCCUUCUGCUUUUGCUGGAGUCACUCAGGAGUAGUCAGUGGAGCCUCAGCUGAGGCUGCCAGGAGGGUGGUGAGUUUAGAGUUGUCUCAGCCUGGCUGCCCUUCUCUGCUACCCAAGGCUCUUCUCAGCUCUGCUGCACCUCUGGCAACACUGGGGCCCCAGGACCCUUUUGGGCCAGGCAUCUGGGGCUGGGUGUGCAGCAGCCUGUAGGCACUCCAAGCUUGGUGGGUGCAGCAGACCCAGCCCCACAGAGUGGGGACCGUAACUGCGUUUUCAAGUAGGGAAAAGAUGCUGAAAUGAGCAGGAUUUUGAGCAGAUUGGUGCUGUGAGUCACUUCUGAUCAAUAUACAUGGAACUGGAAACUCAAACGUGUUCAAGUGGUUGCUGUGUGUUUGCUCCUAGAGAUGUUCCUGUACUAGAGCUGGUUGCAUUUGUGUGUUUAGUCUGCACAUGUCUCAGAGGGUUGUGCUUUCUCUGUCCAUACUCAUGCCUAUUAAAUACCUGUUCACUCAGGCCUAUUAAAUACCUGUA